GAGCUUAGAAGAAAAGGAGAAGCCCCGUUCCAUUUUCAAUCACAGGUUUAAUUCACUCGUUACUGUCAGGGCCACCACGACUCUUGCAGCACAAAAUGGGUCCCUACACAAUUACUUACUUUGGAGUCCGAGGGCGCUGUGGCGCUAUGAGAAUCAUGAUGGCCGACCAGGGCCAGGAGUGGAAGGAGAUCGUGGUGGACUUUGCAGACUGGAUGAAGGGAGAUCUGAAAGCCACUUGUGUAUUUGGUCAGUUGCCCAAGUUCGAAGAUGGAGGAUUUGCCCUGUACCAGUCAAAUGCCAUUCUGAGGCACUUGGGCCGCAAUCAUGAUGCCUAUGGGAAAGAUGGCAAGGAGGCUGCCCUCAUUGACAUGAUGUGUGAUGGCGUUGAGGACCUUCGUCUUAAAUACGUAAAAAUGAUUUACCAGGAAUACGAUACUGGUAAAGACCCAUAUGUCAAAGACCUUCCUAACCACCUCGACAAGUUUGAAGCUGUGAUGGCCAAAAACAAGACUGGUUAUCUUGUUGGCGACAAGCCUUCGUUUGCCGACUACAAUCUUUUUGAAGUGCUGCUCAACCACCUGGUGCUCUGCUCCAGUUGCCUGGAUACCUUCCCCUCCCUGAAGAGUUUUGUCGAGAAGAUGUCUGCCCGUCCCAAAAUCAAGGCCUUCCUAGACUCUGACGCCUACAAGAAACUGCCCAUUAACGGCAAUGGCAAACAGUGACUUCUGCUGAACAAAGGAGGUUGAAUUCCAUCUGGUUACUUAUACCUGAAUGGUCAUGGAUAAUAGCAAUUGUUUUUAUACUUCCAACUUACACAUCAGCCUACGAUAAGCUUGUGGUUAACUUUAUGUACAAUUAUGUUAGAUUCUAAUGACUUUUGUAUGACAUGAUGAAUUGUCAUGUGUUCAAAAAAUAAAGGGCUUUUUGAAAAGUA